AUGAAGAGUUUAGCUAUAAAUGACUCCUAUAUGAGGAGCGAUACUAGAACUCAUUUUGAUAUCGGGGGUGUUAUGAAUUUGGAUUAGGAGAUUUCUGAAGGUACGAAGAGGAAAGCUGAGGCUUUGUUGAGGCUUAAAUAAAAAAAUGAGGAAAAGAUGAAAAAGGUAGAGAUUGUCAAGAGUAUUAAGGAACUGGAAGAGGAAGAGAAGAAGGAAAAAUAUCAGUUAGAGCUAAGUAAAAGUAAUAGUAAAGUAAAUUUAAGCUUAGAUCUUCAAAGGAUUCAGAAGCAAAAUAGACUAGAGUAGUUGAAGAAGAAGGAAGAAGAGAAAAAAUAUAAGCAAGAGGAAAUGACUGCAAGAGAAUAACAAAGAUAGGCAUCUCUGUUGAGAAAAAUAAACUAGGACAGCCAUAGAGCUGAUAUGAUCAAUGAAUACAAGUAAAGGCAAUUAAGCCUUAAAUCAGAGCUAGAUUAAUAUAAGUAAAAUUAGCAACAGGAAAAACUUUAGAUCAUUUAGAAAUUGCAAGAGGAGUAGAAGUUAUAAUUACUGCAAAAGCAUUAGCAAAAGAAGAAAUAAGCUGAGGAUUUUGUGCAAUAAAAGAAGCAUGUAAUUAAUGCUAAGUAAAUUAUGGUCAAAGAUUUUUAAGAGAAAAAGCAGUUGAUUAUGAUGAAACUCUAAGAAUUGAAGAAAUCUGGAAAAGGAAUUGAGGAGAUAUACAAGUAUACGAAUGAUAUUAUAUUCGAAGAAGAGGAUGAAGAGGAAUAGAUGUUGAAUGAAACCUAGAGAAAUAGAGAUGAAAUAAUCAGAAAUUUGAAUACAGAGCAACUGAACUAAGAAGUUGCUCGCUUAGAAUAAUCAUAAGACUACGGUAGUGGCUUAAGUGAGUAAAAAAUCAAGAAGUCUGGAAGUAAAUCAUUAAUCUAUAAAACACCUAUUUAAAACUCAAUCCAAGAUAUAGAAAACGCAAACUUCCAAGUCGAUUUCGAGAGUAAUUCAGUAAGCGGAACUACUCACUAAGAUCAAAGAAGUAUGUCAUUAGACCAUAAUCAGGAGUUGAAUAACAUAAAUGGCAAUCUUUAGGGAAAUUAAGGUAGAACUUAUUCAGAUCAUAAUAAAAAUAAUAACAAUAAAAGUAAUCUAGAUCAAAAGUAUAACUUGUUGGCAGCAAAGAACAAGCGAUACUAGAGUACUAAUCUAAUUUAAAGCAAUCAAAGUAGGAAUAACAGAUAUGGGAAUGCUAGUAGCAAUUUACGAUUGGGAGAUGUUAAUCCUUCUAAAAGUUAGGAUCCUUAUAAGCCUGACAACUACAUCAGUAAUAUGUUUUCUUAAAAAUUCACUACUUAAACCGUAACAUAGAGAAACACCAAACGCAAUAUACUUUCAAACAAUUCCAACUAUGAUGCAUAUUAAGUUUAUACUGGAGGAUAAAAUAAUGCUAAUUCAAGAUCUAGAAUGACUGACCUAUCAUAUUCCUUGUAUGUUCCAAGUAAUGUGAAUCAAAGUUAGCAAUACAUUAAAGGUUAACUUGGUGACAUUCUUGGCACCUAAAAUAAAAACUUACCAAGAAAGUAAAUACAAAUGCCUAACUAAUCAUUUGAAAUCCUUAAAAAGCCAAUGAAUAGUAAUAUAUAAAAACUAGUCCCUAUUAACAGUAUGAAUAUCAAAUAAGAUGAUGUUAAUACCAGUUAUAAUAGUGCAAGUAUUAUUAAUAGAUUAGCACAUUCAAAUAAUGAGAACCAUUUUUUGAUUGAGCUGGUGAGAAAACGCCAAAAAGAAGAGAUUUUAUCUGUGAUUAGAGAUGAAGAGAGAAAAGAAAGAGAUAGAUUGGAGAAGCUCAAAGAUCCAUAAUUUUAAGAAUAAAAAAAUGAGUUAGAGACUCAGUUUAAUGUAGAAAGGCGUCUUGCCUAGUAAAGAAUUGAAUCUACUAUAAAGAGACAUGAGGAGUAAAUAGGAGAACUAUAAAUGGAGUAAAGAUUGGCAACUUAGCGGGAGAUUUAGUAAUUGUAGUCUAUUCAAAUUAAACCUACUUUUACUUAAUAGUAGUAAACACCAUUAAACUAGAUUAGAAUUAAUUCUAAGUAGAGUUAAGAAAGAAAAGGAGAACUCAAUUCCGAUCUUAUUGGUAAUAGAAUAUUUAUUUGA